AUGACUUCAAAAACUAACCAGGGCCAAAAUGCCCAGGUGGCUAUCAAGAAAAGGUCCAGAGUUCCCGGGGUGAUGAUCACUCAGUAUCUGGAGAUAUUACCUGCAGGAAAGACUACACCUGAUUUUACCCGCAAGCCAAUGGCUGUGACUGCUCAACAGGGUAAAAAAGGAUUUUUCAAAGCCAUGGUUAGUGGUGAGCCGGCACCCGUUGUAACAUGGGCGUGGAAUAACGGUGAGCUCAAUGACCCAGAAAAGUACACAAGCAGAUAUGAUCAAAGAACUCAAGAGCACAUUCUGGAGAUCAUCAAUAUCAAAUCGGAUCAAGCUGGCGCAUACAAAUGCCUGGCCACCAACGAUUAUGGACAGGCUGUCUGCACUGCAAAUCUCAAUGUUAUCGAAGUUGGCAUUAAGAAGAAAGCCCCAGCCGCAAAUGGAGAUGCACCACUAGAUUUCAGAAAGAUGCUUAAGAAAACUGUUGUUGUCACCAGGAAAAAACAACUCCCACCAAAAAAAGAUGGAGAAAUUGAUCCUAAGCUCCUUGAACUGCUUAUCUGUGCACCGAAGAAGGACUAUGAAAAAAUCUGUGCAGACUUUGGUGUGUUUGACUUUCGCUGGUUGCUGAAGAGACUCAACCAGCUGAAAAAGGAAAGGGCAGAUGAGCAGACUAAGGUUGUAGAGCAACUGGACAAUGUGAAACAAAUAGAAGUAAAACCCAAUGGGACAGCUGAAUUUAGCCUCAACAUGAAACUACAGGAUCCCAACAGUUCGAUUAACUUAUACAAGGAUGGUACACUGGUUCCAUAUGGUGAUGAUGAAAAAUCAAAGCAUAGCCUUAAGCAAACUGGGACAAAUUAUGUUUUCAGCAUCAAAAAUCCUCAACCAGAAGAUGCUGGAUUUUACCAGCUUGAUGUUGAAGAGGCAAAUGUAUUAGCAACUGACUUUAAAGUGCCUGCUGUGGAUUUCAUAGCCAAGAUUAAGGAUGUGAAGGCGUUUGAGAGUGAAGAUGCCGUCUUUCAGUGCGUCUUGUCAACACCCCUCAACAGAAUUACCUGGUCAAAUAAGGACUUGACACUUGAACAUGGGGACAAAUAUGAGAUCACGGUCUCAGAGGACAAGCUAAUCCACACACUGAAAGUUAAAGACUGUAAAUUGGCUGAUACUGGAGCAUUUUAUGCCAUUGCUGGAAUAGCUUCUAGCAGUGCCUCUCUCACAGUAGAAGAUCUGACUAAACUGGCAUUGGAUCAGCAUGCCAAGCUACAAAAACAAAUGGAACCGCUGGAGGCAGAUGGAGGGUAUGGCAAUGGUGAUGGGACUGGUGAUGGGACUGGUGAUGGGACUGGUGGGAAGGGUGAUGGAGACGGCACAGAUAAGGACCUUAAGGCAGGUGGAGAUGAUGGAAAUAAAGGGGAUGAUGCAGAUGAUAAGAAGAAGCGAGUACGAAGCGGCACUUUGGUUCCUGACACUCUUAUAGAUACUGGCGUUCAGUUUGUCAGUGGGCUGUCAGAUACUGUUGCUAAUGUUGGUGACCGGGCAGAGCUGUCUUGCAAACUAAGCAGUGAGACUGCUGUAGUGCGUUGGUAUAAAAAUGGGAAGCUGCUAACCGAGGAGGAUGGGGUAACAAUUAUCAAAGAUGGAGCCUGUCACAGGUUGAUAAUUGAUUGCUGUAAAAAAGACGAUGGAGCUGUGUACCGCUUUGAAGCUGAAGGCCGUAAAUCAGAGGCAUCACUCAGUAUUCAAGAUCCACCAAAAAUCGACGCUGAUGCGCUAGGAAAAUUCUCAGAGCCAGUCAUUAUAAGGGCAGGUGAAACUGCAGAAUGGAAGCUUCCAUUCUCAGGUGGGGCGCCGAUGACUAUACAGUGGUACAAGGAUGGUGACGAGCUGUUGCCCGCUCUUAAUGUGAAGAUUGAAACAUCAGAUACUGAGAGCAAACUACGCCUUCUGAAGUGUCAAAGGAAAGACUGUGGAGAGGUCAAAAUCAAAAUCAAAAAUGAAUACGGUACAAUUGAGGCAAUAUCCAAACUUAUUGUGCUGGACAAACCCACACCACCACAAGGACCUGUGGACAUUAUGGAAAGCGCUGUAACAUCUGUUGAGUUCAAAUGGAAACCGCCAAAAGAUGAUGGUGGAUGCCCAGUCACAAACUAUAUUUUAGAGCGGCAACAAGUAGGGCGCAAUAAAUGGACAAAUCUCAGUGAGAUUUCUGGCAGUAACCCAAGUUACAGUGAUUCAGAUGUGACCCCCGGAAGGAGAUACUGUUACAGGAUCAGAGCCAAGAACGCAGAAGGCAUCAGUGAAUACCUGCAGACUGAGGACAUACCAGCUGGUGUAUUACGUUAUCCUGGACCCCCAGCAGCACCCAAAGUAGUCAGUGCCUUUAAAGACUGUAUCAAUCUGACAUGGUGUCCUCCAUGUGAUACUGGAGGAACCAAAAUAGUGGGAUACAAUUUGGAAAAAAACAAGAAAGGCACUAAUUACUGGAGCCUUGUAAACCAAGGAGGGCCGAUUCCAGAUACAAAAUAUGCAGUGAAAGAUGUGUUUGAAGGGGCGGCAUAUGUAUUUAGGGUGUCUGCUAUCAACUUAUCUGGUGCUGGAGAUCCAAGUCUUCCAUCUGACACAGUAAUUGCAAGAGACCCAAUGAAACCCCCAGGCAAGGUGACAGACCUGAAGUUAACAUCCUCCAAUUACACCACAUUUUCUCUGGCUUGGAUUAAACCAAAAGAAAUAGAAGGAGUAGAGGACGAAGCCGAAGGCUACUACGUGGAGAUCCGACCAAUUGAAAACCUAGAAUGGACUCGGUGUAAUGCUACUCCAAUUACUAUAACUUCCUACACUGUCCUUGGCCUGAAGGCAAUGGCCACAUACUGGGUGAGAGUAAUUGCCACCAAUUAUGGAGGUGAUGGAGAACCUCAGGGCUUUGACAAUUACAUCAUUGCCAUGCCUCCUCCUGUAAAGCCAAAGUUUAACGAUCGCAACUUGAAGACCUUAGUGGUGGUAAGGUCUGGAAACACAGUGCGUCUGAACAUCAACUUUGAGGCCUGUCCCCUGCCAGAAAUUACUUGGCAAAAAGAUGGUAUUCCAGUGCCCAAACAUGUAAAUAUUACCAACUCUGAUAAAGGCUCUCAGCUGUUGAUCGCCACAUCUGAUCGGCCUGACAGUGGCAUCUACACCAUAACUGUCAAAAACCUUGUCGGCCAAGCGAGCUUCAAUGUUGAAAUCAGAGUUACAGAUGAUCCCAAGCCCCCAGGUCCUGUGGAGCUGGAUCAGAACAUCCCAGGAACAGUGACCCUGUCCUGGACUCCCUCUCCAGAUGAGAAGAGAGAUGACAGACUACACUACACGGUAGCCAAGAAGGACUCCUUUAAAUGCAGUUGGAGGACAGUCGCAGAUAACCUCUUCAACAAUAAGUUCACAGUCGUCAAUAUUUUGCCUGGAUGGGAGUAUCACUUCAGGGUGUUUGCUAAAAAUGACAUUGGUCCGUCACCACCUUCUGAAUCCCCUGUGUUUGGAACGAUAAAGGAAAAAGGAAAGUUCAAAGUAGACAUGCCAAAGAUUAAAUCUUUGGACUUCCAGUCCCCUCCAUCAUUUAUCGUUCCACUAAAAAGGCGUACAACUCCAAAGGGAUAUGAGUGCUACGUGAGCUGUGCAGUUAAAGGGGAUCCAGCUCCACGUGUGACAUGGUACCGCAACAACAUGAGCCUGAACACAAACACCAACUAUCUCAUCACCAAUGUUUGUGGCGUCUGCUCCCUGCUCAUACUAAGGGUGGGGCCCAAAGACAACGGGGAAUAUAAAGUGGUCGUUGAGAACAAACUGGGGGCAGCCGAGUGCUCAAUGACGCUGAAUAGUGAAGAAGAGCCUCAGCUUCUGGACAGAAGCUGA